UCACGCAGCGACACGCAGGGUGUGUGAGUGAGGCUCCCUCCCUCUCGAUGCCUUAAGUUGUCAACCAUGUAAUAAGCAGAGGUUCUUCACUUACUGACGCGCCCGCAGGCGGUAACGAGUGGCAUGCUGUAAAAACCUCAACGGCCAGGCGAUACCCCCCCCCCCCGAGUGCCUCGUGGGCGUGUGAGCACGUCACCCAACGCAUCACUGUCACAAACUAGUGUGCCCUGCACUUGUAUUGACGCCUCACCUGUCUACGUGGCCGCAAGCGAUAACGAGUCGCAUGUUCUCAAAUAUCAAGCAGCCAGGCGACCCCAACACCUAAUGUCAGUGUCAGCAGCAUCAGUGUUAGCCAGCUAGUGUAAUCUCCGUGCUUAAAGAAUCAUUAAGUGUUUAUCCCGAACCGCGCGAAUCACAAGUACACCCAUGACUGGUUCUGUGGUGCACCGCGUGUAGACCCUGUGGGAGUGUAUGGAACGUUGUUGCUGCGUCCACGUGAGGAGGUCAUGAUCCUCCUGGCAGUGUGUGACCUCGAGAGCCGCGUUUCCCAGCAGCCAUCUGCGGUAGGAGUAAGAACCCGCACCCCGAGUCUCACACUACCUGGGAACAAAUUCGCCACCUGGGAACACUCGCACACUGCUGAAACGUUACCAUCUGAGGACGGCAUCAUCGAGGAAGUAACACCGUCUGAACACAGCAAGCAAACGACGCCAGGCUGCGACGCCAACAAGGAAGGGCCGAUGCAACAAACACGUCUACACAGAAAACUAGUUCUUGAUUAUGACGAACAAUAAAAAUAACAUAUAUGUGUUAAACUUGACUGUCAAACAGACUGGCAAUUUUAUUCACUGACUCAUUGUAAGCAUAGAAAGGUUACAUUCUUUAACUUGAUAUUAAGACUGCGCUUGAUGGUCAGUUUAUCCUCUGUCAAAAGUGGUAAAGUGAACAAGCAUUUGUAGUUUGUUAUGAUGCCAGACUAAUCGACAAGGACCUAGAGUGUUGAAGACAGUCAUGAGUCCAGCACGAUGAUACACUUAAGGAACUGACCGUAAGAAGCUCCUUGUAGCGAUGGUGACAACGUGUAUGACUAUAUCAGCCUCCAGAGAGAGAAGACCCAGAACUUAAUAAGUAUGGAGAAGUUCGGUGGCGUGAGCGUCACCUUCAAGACGCGGAACAGCAAGCACCACCCCUCCAGCAAGAGAGGGCUUGGGUAUCCUCACUCCAGGAUAGCGGAUAAGUACGGGAUGAGGCCGCGGAGCAUUAUCAGACGUCUGCUGCAGGAGAGACCACUUCGGGAAGGAUCGCACAAACGAGUCAAAUCGAAGCUACAGCCGUUCUCCAAGUACCGUAAAAAGCUGGCGACCUCCCGCGAACGGUCCCACGUGAGGGAGAUCAACAAAGCAUUUGAAAAUCUGCGGAAUGCCUUGCCGUCUGCCGCCGGCUGUCGCAACGACGCCUCUGCCGCCGCCAAGAUGACCACACUCAGACUGGCUCUGAGGUACAUUGCAGCACUCACACAGCUGCUACAGGAAGACGAUGACCAACGCUCUAACGACGACGACAAAACCAGCAGCUGUUCAGACACCAGCGGCGACGACCCCAAGACUUCUUCGUCUGGUCAAGAAGGCGGUAAACCAGAACCAUCAUCUAACAAUGACCAAGAAGACAGCCCUGAGGACAAGUACAUGCUGGCGCUGGCUAAGAUCUUCCAAGAAAGCGACGACACAAACGACACGGGGACUUCCGAUGGCGACAAGGACGACCGAGCGUACCCUUCCGACAGCGACGACCUCUUGAGCAGUCGAGGAGAUUUCAGCGAUCUUUCUGACCACGACGUUGAAGGUCAGCUCGAUGUGCUGGCCAACCUUAGCCACUUGUCAGAGGGAGAGACUGAAUCAGGAGUUCUCUCCUGAGCACCCCGUCUGUAGUGGCAGGUCGCGGGGACUGAAAUACCCUCCCUCAUCGAGGCACAAACAAGGACUUAGUACAUUAAUGUUUGUAAACAAUUAAUGUCUCCUUGUACAGUAACUGGGAACAUUAGUGGUGUUAUUAUUGCUCAUCCAAAUUAUGUAGUGUUCUGUAUCGUAUCUGAAGCCUAGUGUUAUGUAGUGUUAAAACUAUGAGUAUGAGUGAGAGAUGAACCAUUCUGUGCCUACAGCUCCUACAGUUAACCAACAGUGACGAACACCUACGCUGACUUGAAGGUCCUAGUGACCAUAAAUCUUAAACCAUAAGUGUUUUACUUCUGAGAAACAGUGACGUUGGUCCUGAGUGAUGUCGGUCCUGUGUCAUAAUUCAUGAACUCCCGUGUUAUCUCAGCGUGACGAUGGUCUGAGAAAUUCUAUGACUCGACAAGAUAAAAAAAUGAGAAAACAAUGUUUUCUUCAUAAUAUAUUGUUAUAACCUCGUUCAUACACCAUGUAUAUGUGAACUUUAUGGCGUCUUGUUUAAGUAAAUAUGUGUAGUGGUUCUGCAUGAGUAUAUCCGCCAUAUGAGUUUUCAAUACGUAUAACCUGUGCCGUACAAAAUCAUGUACGGGAGUAAACAUGCAUCAUCAAGGGUAAUUUAUCUAGGACAGCGUCGUGGCCAUCAUACCUCAUGGCGUCUACGGUAUCAUGCAAUACACGUAUUGCAUAACAAACCGUCAUACAAUACUUUGAUGCAGGUAAAACGAACGAACUAAACCUAGCCUAACUUUAACUUAAUUAUUCAAUCAAGUUGUUAUCCUCAUGUGACUCAGCGACUCAUUCAUCCUCUCAUUUAUAUUUCACAUCUAUCACCACAUUUAUUUUUACUUCCCAAAUACACAAUAUUUUCAAACGGAUUAAGUUCUGUUUCCUACCAUAAUUCAUGUUAGAAUUCACUUAAAUAUCUGAAAAACAAUUACCUGUCUUUAUAAUAAGAAUUCUUUAAGAUAAUUAUGUUAAAGCUGGUUACUUUUGGUUCGCUUUGCCCGUUUCAAAAGAUGUCCAGUAUGAGUUUCGCCAAAACUUUUAUAAAACCCAGACUAUUAAAACAUUUCUUCAGUGACGUGCAGAUAAAAACACCAAAUAAGAAUUAACAUGCACCGUGAUGCUGUUCUGGACCAUUACCCUGCCGGUGCUCACCGAGUAUUAGAGUAGUUGUAAGAGUAAUUUAUUACAUUGUUAAUUACAUCUAUAAGGACCGAAAGUACAGCUCCCCACCACCAGAGGGCAGCACGAGACUCAUGACAGUGAGUUGCAAUAUUCACACCCGGGUCCGGCUCUCGGUUUAUUUUUUAUGGUAAGCCGGAUGUCACGGCUUACGUACAAAAGCAGUCUUUGCAUGCAAGAGGCUGAUCUGGUCACAGUAUACACACCUGCUCAGUUAUUGGAACAACAGCGAGUGACAAUGCAAGCUUAAUCGAACCUGAAACCAGAGAUUGUGAAAUUGCGUUAAGUUAGGUGCGGCUGUUUCGUGUUUAAUGUCAUAAAUGAUUAAUAUGUACACGGGCUGUGACAUACAAGGCUCCAGCAGACAUACACUGACAACAGGACCCGGAUCGGUGUCAACAGUCUGUCAUAUAAUUAUUAUUGCUCACGUACUGCCCUAUUGAGGGCACUGCUACAUGAGCCUUCCUGUGCCAACAACUUGUUUUGGUAAUAUUGACUGCGCUUCAUAUGCUUUUUAUUUAGCCUUAUUUAAUUAUAUGUAAGUUUCCAUUCGAAGUAUUGAAGACGACGACCAAAGACAAGUGAUGGAGGACAGGACAGAUUAACACUGUCUACUCAACAUGGUGUUAGCUAUUUGAGAAUAAAGUCAUAAUAACUGAA